AUGUCUCACAACCUUCUCAGCACGCUCUUAUGCAUCCUUCAUCUGAUCGGGACCGCAUGUGCUUCAGCUGUUCGGGCUCCAUGGCUCACAUACCGGGGGCUUUUUGAAAAUGGAACAAUAAUGCAGGAUGACAACGGGACCUCCGAACCAUACAUUCGCGGACCAACUCCUUUUCCCAUCCCUCCUGUACAGUUUCCGUUACCAAUUAUUGGCCCACAUCCAGCGUCCCGGUUAACAUUGCCUGGAAAAGGGGGCUUACUUCGUGUGGGGGUCUCCGUGCAGCCGGCCUCUUGCGACAACUCAUCGGAUUUGUAUGCGCCAAAAACCUGUCAGACAUUUAUGUGGACGAAGGCUGCAUCUUUACUCGCGGAAACGGAAAUUAACAACAAUCCGAACCUUCUUCCUGACUCUAAAUUGGAAGUAAUCUUUCUUGACAACAGCAAUUCGGAUUUAACGCUAAAGCAAACAGUCACAGGACUGACGCAAGCACAACUGUCGUUUGUGAUUGGAGCUGUAAAUGACCAGGAUACGGUUACGAGUGCCGCUUUUUCAACCGCCUUUCAGUUCUCGCAAGGAAGUGCAUUUUUCGACAACCCAUCAUGUCCAAGCGGGUCUGAGUUCUUUUGGCUCAUGACUAGCGGUACAGAGCGCUACAAGAAUCUUAUCAAGGUUGCGGGCUUAUUCAACUGGACCAACAUCGGAAUCGUUCGUGCCCAGGAUCCGGGGGCAUACCUUGCAUCCCAAGCGAUAUUAGAUGCAGCAUCGGAGACCUGUAUUCAAGUUAACACUGGCCUGUCCUUGCGGUGGUCAAAAGGGACGUCUGCGCAAUGCUACUGCGAAGAUUGCGCUGUUCUCUUCAAUAUGACGACCUGCAUGAGGGAACUUGGACCGGCAAUGAACGAAUUGAAAGACUCAAAUUUGCGAGUUUUUUACCUCCUCCACGGUAACCAUGGGUCCUAUGUGCCGCUGCUGAUAUUACACUGCCAGGCAAUAAAUGUCCUGGAUAAUGUCACCAUGAUCCAAACCUUUGGCGAAGACUUUCUCGCACAGUCCAGGGGAUUGAUAACCGUCGAAGAGGAUGCUACGCAAUAUGAUAAUGACCCCCUUUUACAGCCAGCUAUGUUGACGCACUUGAAAGGCCGGUGGGAUGCAUAUAUUGACGAGAACAGUGACAGGUGGUCUGAUCGAUAUGCAAUAAAGGAGCUAUCGCUUAUUCCAAGAACAUUUUACGACAUGAUCUACAGUUUUGCCAACGCCGCUGACCUAGUCCUUAACCGAGACAAUCUGACCAUUCUCGACUGGUAUGACAAAGAGCUUCACAAAUCCCUUACCCUACAAGUGUGGAAUUCGACUGGUUAUGAAGGAACCACCGGUAAAAUCGUAUUGUCAAGUAGAGGAGACCGACUAUUACAUACAAAUAUAUAUCAAUUUGACGGCGCUGCUUGGGAUUCACAGUCCUACUUUUCGGCGCGUGCGCUGCCCGUUAUUGGCAGUAUUGAUAUGCAGAAGGCGACAUUGAAGGCAGCUCCGACAUGGUACGGCAACCGUCAAACGGUUCCUUUAGAUCAUGUCGUGCUGGUCCGCGAUCAGAUCACUAUCCAAAACGCAACCGGAGCGGUUUUUACUACACUGUAUUCGGUGACCAUUGCAAUCUGCAUCGUCAGCCUGGCGCUGAUUUUGUGGAAGAGAACGGACAAGGUAAUGGUCAAAAGGAGCCCUGUCUUCUGUGUCAAUAUUUUGAUUGGUCUUGUGUCGAUGUUAUCCACCAUUUACGUAAAUGUCGUUGAUAUCAGUCCUCAAACAUGUACAAUAGAAAGAUGGACUCAAUCGGUCGGAUUUGCCCUUGUGAUGGCAAACGUUGCAGCUAAGGCAUGGCGAAUUUGGCGCAUUUUUGACAACGCCGAUUUUCAAACCAUCGCGAUGCCCAAUCGGGAACUGUACAAAAUCAGCGGAGCGAUUCUCUUGAUAACACUGUUACUUUUAAUUCUCUGGACGGGGCUGGACUAUCCUAUAGUUGUCCUACAAACUACCCCAACCACAUAUAUUCGUAUCUGUGGAUCAGCCAAUAUUACGCGAAGCUACGUGCUCGCGAGUCUCGUCAACGGAUUCAAUGUCAUUCUGCUACUCAUAAAUGCAGUUUUGGCGUGGAAGACGCGCAACGCUCCGACGGACUUUGGGGAAGCGAAACAAAUAGCAUAUACUAUCUGCUGGACGAUUAUACUCUCGUUGAUGCUUGUGCCGUAUGCGUACUUUACGAGGAACAAUACUGCGUUUGAGCGAUUCGUUUUCCGAUUUAGUCUAUUAUGGGUGAUGGUCGCUGUCAUAUGGACACUGCUGAUUGGAACUCAUUUAUACAUGGUCUUCCUGGCCUCCGAAGACGGAGGUGGUGGAAUUAAGGGACUCUCCGGAAUUAUGCAUUCUGAUUUAUAUAUCGAGCAGAAUGACAUGGAAAUCAAAAGCAUGGCAGAGGCCCCUAUGGCGAAGUAUCUCGCUGGAUCUUUCACAUUCAGAAAAACUUCCAACUUUUUUAGCGUAUGGAAGAAGUGUCAUCUGCAAAUCUCCACCGUACCGCCCUCAUCACUUGUCAUCCACUAUGAUCUGGACCCAAAGGAUGUGCCGAGGUCGCAUCAAGUCAUUCUUGCAUCCGAUAUAUGCGAAGUCUUCGUCGUAGAAGAGGCGCCGAAGCGUUUCGCGAUCCAAACAGCUAAAGCAGGUCGCUUCAUCUUCCAAACUCCAAGCGAAGAAAAGGCGAUGAACUGGAUGUACAUUGUUGCUUCGAUAGUAGCCACAUCAACACCUAGAGCGACGCCGCUCGGCUCCAAGAAAACGUCAAAGACAAAGAGGAAAAGCACUAUUGCUUGAUAUUUAUUUAAAUAUAUUCUACUUUCAUAAGA